AUCGUGAACUCUGGCACGCAUGAACCCUGCCGUGCUGGUAAGCACAACGUCUUCACCUGAUUGAAUAUUCGAUAGCUGAAUUGGCAACCGGCUUGCAGAGAACAACAGGCGACAGGAUGUUUAGCACGGUCAUGUACAGGAUAGCUCCCAUCGUGGUUUUGAUAUUUGUUGUAUCACUGGCUGCUACAGGUAGCGCGGCUGUCUUUGGGAAUUCUUGCGAGAAUGGUGGAAACCCCUGUUCGUCAAAUGGUGUCUGUGUUGGGUUGUUCGCAGAACCAUUUUGUCUCUGUCAGUCGGGAUACGGCGGGGACAUCUGUAACACGACAACAUCGAAUAACACAUGUCCUGGCUGCACAAUACCGGAUAUGGGCAACGCAUGUGACGCAUUCCCCUGCCGUAAUAAUGCCACGUGUGUUAAUUGGUUCGGCGGAUUUAAAUGUCUCUGCGAAGAGAACUCCCAAGGACAAUUUUGUGAGAGCGCUGAAUUGUGUUUUUUGUGCGAGAGUUUGCAAUUCACCUAUGAUACAUGCCCAAUAGAUCAGACAAACAAGCUGAUUGGCAACCAGCUUCGAGUAAAAGAUCGCCAUUCAAAAGCCUGGUGCAUUCCUGACACAAGGUAUGGUCUGAAUGAAACGGAUAAGUACAUUUACGUUGAUGACGGAUGCAGAGCGACUUUCUGCAUUAACUUCACGGUUGAUUACUGUGCGCAGACGCCAUGUGAUCUUGCUAUGUAUAGGUGUGAAAACGAUCUGGAGGGUGCAACACACAGGUGUAUACCACUGAACCCUUGCUCAUCAUCACCCUGCGAAAAUAACGCCACCUGUGUAAGUGAGGGCGAGACUGAAUUUUCGUGUAAUUGUACAGAGUUCUUCACUGGCGACAUUUGCGAUGUUGAGAUCAAUCCAUGUGACAGCAAUCCUUGUCAAAAUGGAGCCAAUUGCACCAGGCCGACGCCACUCACGAUUUCCUGUGACUGCAAUUUCAACUCAACUGGAGACUUUUGCGAAAUUGCAAUUGGUAUUGGGUUGAGUUUUGAUAAUUUCAUGGAAGACAAUCCCCUUGUAGAAGUUGUGUUCCUGGAUUCUGAGCUUGAAGGGUCCUAUUUUGUAGUGAAUGCGACGUUAACUGGGGGUGACGGGACUUCCUACAUUUACCCUGCUAGCCCAGCGUGGAUUGGAGCCACCAUAGAAAUAUUUGUCUAUCAUGAUAAUGACGAUAAUCAAAACUACAACAAUGUGGAUCACGGCUAUAGACAGGUUAUCGUGCUUGACGCUAGUUUCCAAUGGGUGAACAUAUCUUACAGCGAUCUUCAACUGCUUGUAGUUUGCCCAAUUGGUGUAGACGGCGCUAGUGGCUUCGCAGAAGGGUCAACGGGCAUCUCUUCUUUUGACCAUUUCUUUUGUUAUGCCUUCUCCGGGUACUCCAACUUUACUUUAACUGGAAACUCAUCGCUACCACUAGGUGUUGUGUAUACUGGCUUAGCACUUACGCAAUCAAGCGUCGUUUCAACCACUUCACCUGCAAGUAGUAUUUCCAAGUACCUGAUACCUGGGCUAUACUCGUAUGUCUGCGCGUACCUGGAUGCACCCGAAUAUGAAGAUCCCCUGACGACUGUCAAGGAUGAGUCGAAGCUGCACAAAUUUAACGUACCAGCAUUCUACACCGGCAACACUACUAAUCCUGCCAAUGGAAUUGCAGAAAACUGUUCGCCAACUAACUAUGUCAUUCAAAACGGCAAUGGACCAUUCCCUUCUGGUGAAAUCUUACCUCGCUUCGUAAUUAAGGAUCCUAUUGAUCUCUAGAUUUCAGUAUUCCCCCAGAUCCAAUGUGCUUUGUAUCAUUUCAAUGCUAAAAAGCAUCAUUCCAAAUAGUUGGAUAAUCUAAGAUAAAACAACAGUUGAAACACAACUCGCAUUGACAUGAUCUCUAUGCUAUGUACGCCUUAAAAUUGACACAAGAAUUAAAGCCACCAUAUUCUUUUACACAGUUAUGAGAACUAUCUAAGAUGCAUAACACGUCAUAAUUUAGACGCCCUUCAGGACGCCAAGGAAAUUGAUCGGAAAGAGAUCGUUAAGGACUGGACCAGAGUCAAAUGUCCGAACGUUUUUAAUGAAUACAACACAAGAAUCAAAUUAAUGUAUAAAACUAGAUGAAUAAUAUAUUUUUAUAAACAUGCAAAAUAUAUUUUUAUUCCUAAUAUAA